AUGAAUCCAAGAAGCUACUACAAAUGCACAUACGUAGGGUGUCGAGUACGAAAGCUCGUCGAACGAGCCUCGCAUGAUUUUCAGUCCGUGAUCACGACCUAUGAAGCCAGGCAUAACCAUAGCGCGCCUAUGCCACGUCGUGGUGUCAAUUACGCCAUCAACCAAGCAUCCACAUCUACCACAACCACAACUAGUAACAAUUGUGGGGUCGUGAUAUCUAGGCCUCUACCAAACUACACAAAUAACUUUAAUGGUAGGAAGGGUUUCACCGGUAGUCAAACUCAUAUUCUACAAGCAUUAGAGAACUCGACAAAUUAUAGUUAUUCUGAAAAAUUCGUAUCUGAAUCCAGCACCGGAGUUAAGAAUUCAAAGAAUCAGCAUAUUAGCUUCUUAACAAAACGAAUGUAUCUUCACGAUGGAAAAGAGGUUUUACUCUAUGCAAGUUUGAUCGAUUCUUCUCCUUUUCCUCACCGGGCUACUUCUACUUUUUUGGCAAUGAAAACCGGCAUUAAUCGCUAA